UGUUCAACUGGCAAGAGAUCAAUACAUGGAAAUUGCCAUCCCAAUAGACUGGUUAGGCAGGCAUUUUUAUUAGCUUUGCCUCCUUGCCCUUCAGUACUGUUGCAGUUGUGGCUGUGCUUUUAGGGGAGCUGGGGUGUGUCUAUCCUUGAUGUUCAGUUGGAUUUAGGGGAGAUGCCUUGUGACAGUUGGUGUCAUGUAAUACCUGAGAACCACUCAGCCACAACUCCUGCUGGGUUAUGUACAGAUAACCAGACAAAGAAGGACAUGAACAGUGAUAGUUACCAGGAUUAUUUAAUAUUGCCUAUCUAACCUGAGAACAUUAAUUUGAUGUCAAACCGACAGGUGUUUUUUAUCUGUACAUUGGAGGUUACAAGUGACUCAUUAGGAAUUUUUGAAUAUUAAUAACUUUGUCAGUCAGGAAACUGUCUGGUUCAUUUGUGAUCACAGUGAUGAUUGUAAACAUGAGGUAUUAUGAACAUAUGAGAACCAGUGCUUGAUUUAUUUUACCUCUCUUUGCCCACACAGACUGGAAAUAAAUAUUGCUGUGGUCCAUUAACCAGUUAUUACUGACACAGUGACAUGUGAUUGAGCUAAUGCACUAUUUUUUCUUCUGGAUUGCCUCCUCACACCUGGGCAAAGUGAUCAGUAGUUUUUAUCAGCCUGUCUCUAGUGGCAUGCACUUACAACCACAGGCUAGUCAUCCAGGUCGAUUGGUCAGGUGUUAUAGGGGAACCUGCUGGGACAGAGGACAACAUGAAUAGACGCUGGACAAAAACACAUGAAAGAAGGCUGAGAUCUGAGGCCUGGAUAUCACUAAACAGGGGAGAUAGACAGAACAUCCUCUCUGAUCAUCCAAAAUCUGCAUUUGAAAGUGAGAGGAAGAGUGGACAUGUAAAUGAUUCAUGUAUAAACAGAGACAGCUGGACAUGCGAAAAGCCUGGUACCUGCACAGGUGAACUCAUAGAAAGGGAGAACAUGUUGCUUGAGUUUGACAAAAUGGACAGCAAUCACAACCAGGUAACCCUGGAGCAGCCUGGUGUGGGAGAUGACAUAGACAGAGCCACAGUAGAGAGACUGAAGGAAUUGGCAGGUGUGACUAAUGAGCUGAACCAUAGCAGCGAUGAAGACAUCUCAGGUGACCAUGUUGAUAACAUUAAGUACAACCGUAAAGGAGCUGAUAAAAGCCAUGCUGAGCCAAAUCCAUUGGAUGAGACAGAUUUUGUGGAAACCUGCCCUACAGAUGAGGUUGUGGUUGAGUUUGGAAUUGCUCGUCUAAUCACAAGUAGCAGUUUCUCACCUGGACAUGGCAUUAAGAGAUCUGUGGAGAGAGUGAGCAGACAUGGUUCUGUUGGAAGGGGAAAAACUUCCAUUAACCUUGUUAGCACUUGUGGUGACUUUAAUGUGGAAGCUAAUGAUAAAGACAUUCCAUCAAGUAUAUGCAAUGAAGCUGCUGAUGAAAACAACAGUGCUAUUAUUGAAGCUUCAAAUACAUGUCAAUAUAGCCCCUCAAAUGGAAAUAAUGAAACUGCCUUAAAUAAUGAACCUGCUGAAACAUGUACAGUCCAUACAUCUGGGGCUAUACAUGGAGAUUAUGAAAGUUGCUUGAUUGAUGGAGCAGUAAAUAAUGGCAGUACAUGUACCUCAAGUAAUGGAAGCACUGGUUUUGACAAUACCUCAGAUGCGGGAAUCACUGGUAAUUACAGCACUUCAAAUAAUGGAAGACUAAAGGCUUCAAGUUUUGGAGCCACAUGUGAUGACAAUUUGUCAGGUAAUGAUAUUGUAUGUGAAUCCCCAAUGAGUGGAACUGGAGUUAAUGACAGUUUCUCAAGCAUUGGAAGUACAUGCACAGAUAAUGAGAGCACCCCAUCACCUAAUGACAUUGCAGGUGAUGACCAUACCUCAUGGAGUGAAACUCUAGAUAAUGACAUCACCUCAAGUAAUGAAAUUGGAGGUAUUCACCAUACCUCAUGGAUUGAAACUCCAAAUAAUGACAACACCUCAAGUAAUGGAACUCUAGAUAAUGGCAGCAGCUCAAGGAAUGAAGCCGUAAGAGAUGACAGUACCUCAAGUAAUGUCACUACCACAGGUCAUGAGCACACCAUAAGUGAUGAAACUGCAGGCCAAAGCUCUUUAAAAUGUGGUGAUCAAGAUUCAUUUGUAGAGACAACUGAGGAAGAUACACAGUCAACAAUACCAGGAGUCAAGUACUACACCUCGACCAGUUUUAUCCAUCUCUCCCUUACCCCAAAUCAUGGGGUUGGUCAUGAGAAGCAUGAGUACAUGUCCCUGAACCUAACCAGGAAAACUCAACGGCCCUUGGUCAGCAGUGCGGGACGCACAAGGCGAAAGAUUUCCGAAGAUAACCCCUAUGAGGAACUUGACUUUACACCCGCAGUCUCCUCUAGCGGUCCACGUCGUCAUGUAAGGAGCAUUGAGGAAGAAGAGAUCAUCAAGAACGGAGCUACCUUCUACAGAACAAAGGAUGAACAACACUACUCAGAGCAAAGAAAAAGUGAUGAGUUUGGCAAUGAACAGCAGGAAACCUCAAGAAGUGUAAAGGAGGAGGUUACACCUGGACAGCUGAGAUCGCCAUUUUUUGGAGAUGCACCUUUACAACAGAAUGGUGUGGAUGAUGAAGUAGAAAGGGAUCCCAACAUUUUGCGAGAAACAAGAAACAAAGAAACAAUUCAGUUUUCAGAGUUGUCAAACUUUAAGAACAAAUUUGAGACAGGAGUUGAGUCCCAGAAGGUGUCCACAGUGAGCCCAGAUGAACUUGACCAGGUGAGACAGUCUGCUGCUGCAGGAUCUCUGAGGAACAAGUUUGAAAGUGUAGCCAAGGGCGACCAGAACUCCCAGAAAGAGAGGAAGCCAAUGAGGGAGAUAACUCCGCCUUCAGAGGGCACCCGUGUGGUGUACGAAACUGAGGUGACGAGGAAUCCAGACGUGGUGCGUGCUGAUGAUGUUGUUGAUGAAGGCAUUUACAUGCCCAAGCCUGGAGCAUCCAAGGAAAUAUGGGAGAAAUUCCAAACAGGCAAAAUAAAAGACAAUGCUCCUAGACAGAGGACCUCUGUCAUUGACGAGAUUCAAUCCGUAGAAGGGGGCGUGUUUGAGAAUGAACCACAGAUUAAUCCAGAUGUGGUCCGCUCUGGUGAAGGAGAUGCUUUUGCUGAUCUUCCAUCAACAGGCUCUACCCGAGAUGUUCUGUCAAAGUUUAAGCAAAUGGAGUCUGGUGCCGGGUAUGUGCCCACCCCUAAAGGCGUGAGAGAGAUAACCCCUCCCCCGUCAGGCAAGGUAGAAUAUGUAAGUGAACCCACCAGGCGCGUGGAGAAGUAUGUGGGGAAAGCAGAAUCAGGCGUGUUUGAGAGUCAGCCUGAUAUUCGCCCAGAUGUUGUGAGAUCCGGUCAGCAACUUGAAGAAGACAAUCAGUUGCCACAGCAAGGAUUUACAAAAAGUGCAGCCGCUUUAUUCCGCCAGAAGGAAGCAGAGGCAGGCCGUGUAAAGACAGCUUCUACAGGAGGAUUACGACAGAUAACUCCUCCACGUGAUGCCUCCGUUGUGUACGAGAGUCAGCCUGAAAGACUGCCCGAUGUUGUCAGAGCAGAAGAUCGGAUGGACGAUGAUGGACUACCACAUCAAGGGGCAGCAAGAAACAUGCUGGCCAAAUUUAAGCAGAUGGAAUCUUCUGGCCAUCAAUCCUCUGGGGCUCCCAGGCAGAUGAAGGCCUUCACUCCUCCCAGGGAUGGUGGGGUGUUUGAGAACAACCCUGAAAAGUUUGUCCCGGAUUAUGACAGGAAAGCGGAAGGUGGAGUGUUUGAGAACCAGCCCCAGCACAGAGAUGAUGUGGUUCGUGCUGCAGACCACUUUGAGGAGGAGCUACCUGAACGUGGAAUGGCCAGAAAUAUGGUGGCUCGAUUCCGCCAGCUAAGCGAGAGUACCAAGUCUCAGUCUCCUGUCUCCCCAAAGUCUCCUCACGAUCGCUCUUUUAAGGAAUUCACCCCUCCGCGUGAAGAACCUCGCAGCCCUAAGGGUGUCCUGCCAACAGAUAUGCCUGAACAGUACCAGCAGUCCAGCGGUGGGGUCUCGGAGAACAUCCCACAGCACCGGGCAGAUGUGGUAAGGGAAGCAGACACAGACUACGAAGCCGGUAUGCCAGCACCAAGCACCACCAAACAUUUGUUAGCCAGGUUCCAGACUAUUCAACAUGAAGCCAAAGCAAAAGAGCAGCCAAAGCCACUUAGGAAGGAAGCACCCCAACUUUAUAGUGCGACUGCACCCAGCCCGAAAAUGCCGGCCUCUGCUAAGGAGGGCGGUCCCGCACGUUUUAGAGCAGUCCAGGCAGAGAAGUGUGCAGCUUGUCAGAAAACCGUGUAUGCAAUGGAGAAAAUGGAGUUCAACAAAAAUGUCUACCACAAGACGUGUUUUAAGUGCUCACAUUGCAAAAACAGACUAACCCCCGCAACAUUCUCCGUUAACCAAGGCAUACUAUAUUGCUUGAACCACUUCAAGCAGAUGUUCAAGACAAAGGGAAACUACGAUGAGGGAUUUGGAAGGGAACAGUACAAGAAGAAGUGGAAAUCUGAGCCGAACAUAGCAGGACUAGCUGAAGAAGAGCAUUCAAGUCCUCGCUCAUAGAAAUUCUUGAAGGCUAUUUUGUAUUUCUUUGAAAAAAUAAAAUUGUAGUACUCAUAUUUAUAAUGCAAAGAUAUGUGAUGCUAAAAAUGUCGUUAUUGAGUUUCUUUUUGUUAUUGAUGUUGUAGUGUAUGUGUCUGUAAAAAUGAUCAUCUUUUCAGAGGCCAUAUUUAGAGAUUAGCUGCUCUCGCAUAUGGAAUGCAACAGCUGCUUCUCCUAUCUUCAGAAGUUUACAGUAAUUUUUUUCUUCUUCAUAUAUGAGUAUAUUUUGAAUGGAAAAAGGUACUUCAAAUGAAUUGUUGCUGUAUGAUUGAGGCUAUGUCUUCGUGAAUUACCUAUGUAUAUGGAAUGAUGCUGUGUUGUUUUGUAGCUCAGCUUAUUGUCUUGUUAUGUCAUUGUUACGUGAGUGUCAAACAGACAGUUUUAGUUCAAUACAGUUGACAGUGGUGGACAGAAGCAUUAAUACCUGAACAAUGAGGAAGGGUACAACAUAGUCACCUUUGUUACACCUGAAGCCUCCCAAAAUGUAAUCAGCUUCAACCGUCCUUGAGCUGGAACAUUGACACUGCGGGGAUAUGCUCAAAUUAAUAUGCCCUUUAUUGUGUUGUUUUUAUGUAAACUUGAGCAAUACUGGUGCGAUAGAUAAUAUUUUAGAACUGUCUCAGAGACGGGACAACACUGAGGGUAUUGUCAACUCUGUGAUUACUGGAGAAACUGGCAAUAUUUAGCAUUUCUGGAAAUGCUUCGUGUAAAUUGAUUGUUCUAACAAUAUGGCAGGGGGAAAACCCUUUGGAAAGUACACACGAGUUCCAGUAUUACUUUUAUAUUCAUGUAAUUAUAAUGGACUCCCUAUUAAACUGGUUACAUAUCUACUAUCAUUGUUCUCAAACAGUAUCUCUCUAGUUAACUUCUCACUAGUGCUUUAUUAAUCUCACCAUGUUGUGGUGAUAGAUGGUAAAACUGGUCAGGUAUUUUGUCUUUGUGUAUGUAUGGUGGUCACAACUAUAGCUGGUACUGUGAUACCAGGGCACUAUAUAUUGUCACAUAGCUGCUGUGAGUGAGUACAGUAUUGCGGACUGCACAGGGUCGCUGGCCGUUCCUGUCUUGGCCAGUUUGUAGCAUCAGCGGCUGCAUGUUACAUUAUGGGGCAGUACAGACGGGACUCAAGUCCAAGGUUUAAACAUUGGGUAUACAUGAACAUGUGUAUUUGUUUGCCGUUUAUUGACUUUGGUCGGGUUAUUUGCUGGAAAAAUCAAUGAAUGCAUAAUUAUCUUGACUUUUCCAAGGGAAUCUUAAAGGAUAGAUUUAAAUAUGUGAACAAACUAUAAACUUUGUGUUUCCUGAUCAUGAUGGAGAUCCAGGCUAGCUCAUGGCAAAUAACUUCUUCAGAUAUUCUAUUCUACAAAAAAUGUUACUGUGAACUUGUAUCUACCUAUUAUUUUGAUUGAAUGUAUGCCAUAUUUAACUAGAUUUGUGUCUGAUUAUACCUGCCUUUAUUAUUGCUAUGUCUGUAUGCCAAUGAUGUACCUGUCCUACAGUUUGAACUACUUUUAAAUUAUGCUGCUAUUCAGUGCGUUUAGAAUGUGUUCAUGCUUUGGAGAAAUAGUGUACAGUUGAUUUUAUCAUUGUCAACAUAAAUUUUCUGAGAUUAUAUCAUGAUAGGAAAUUCCUCUGAAAGUUAUGAAUGAGAUAUUAUUACAUUACAUAGAGACAUGCUUCUAGUUCGUACUGCCUCAAUAGAUCGUGGAUUAAACAUUGAUUCGGGAUUAUUUAGAAGCAGCACCUGAGAAUGAUGGCUGCUGUUUGGAAUGGUGUAAUAUUCAAACUGUGCUUCCCAUAUUUGGCAAUUUUGCCCAGAUUCAAUUUUAUAACGAUCCCACCACCUCCGUGUUAGCCAGUUUGUUCACUUUCUUAUAUAUUAACAUAGUAUCAAGCAUAUUUUGUACUUCCAUUCAAGCUAUUAAAAAUAAACCGAUUCAAGC